CACUCUAGUCAAAUGUAUUCAAAGCAAGCAAAUUGUUUGUUGAACUUGAUACACAUCUGUGAAUUUCACUCUUUCAUACUCUUUUGUUUGAAAUUUUCCACAGAUCUAUUUGUUUGAGUGGGGGUGUAUAUUCAAGGGGGCUGGGCCAGAACUGGAAACUGAUGCAGGAAGUGAUUUUGUAAAUUACACGACUCCUCCACAAAAUCUCUUCCUUUCUUACUCUGCAGGGUCCUCUGACUUACUACAUCAAGAAUGCUCCCAUUUCAGGCCGCUCCAGGACAGUUUAAGGAAGAGGCGAGGCAGCCAGGGCUGAGGUGUUGGCGAGUGGAGAAGAUGAAGGCUGUUCCCUUGGACUCUGCUGAGCUGGGGGCUUUCUUCAACGGUGACUCCUACCUUGUGCUGGAUAACCGGGGCGACCAGGGAGCUGACCUCCACAUGUGGAUUGGAGAGAAAUCAUCUCGUGAUGAGCAGGUAGCUUGUGCCAUGUUGGCUACACAGUUGGAUAACUUCCUGGGUGGAGAUCCGGUCCAACACAGGCAGGUUCAGGGCUAUGAGUCUCCAGAAUUCAUGAAACUUUUCCCUCGUGGGGUCAGCUACAAGGAGGGAGGUGUGGAGUCUGGGUUUAGAAGACCACAGUCUGGAUCUGAUCCCAUUCAGAGGUUAUACCAAAUUAAAGGAAAACGGAACAUUAGAGCCAAGGAAGUAGUUCUGAGCUGGGAGAGCUUUAACAAAGGGGACUGUUUCAUACUCGACCUGGGAAAGAUGAUUGUGUCGUGGAUAGGCUCACAGGCAAACAUCUUUGAAAAGCAGAAGGUGAGGGAGAUCGCCGCUCUGAUCAGGGACACAGAGAGACACGGCAAAGCCCAAAUCACUAACAUCAACGAAGGAGAGGAGACACAAGAGAUGCUACAGGUUCUUGGUCCAAUGCCACAGCUGAAAGAAAGCACACCAGAGGAAGACAGCCAAGCAGAUGUAUCAAACUCUGCCUCCCUCUACAAGGUUUCAGAUGCAACAGGGUCAAUGAAGUUGACAAAGGUGUCAGAGAAAAGUCCAUUCGCCAAGGACUUGCUGGUACGUGAUGACUGCUUUAUCCUGGACAAUGGGGCCAAUGGAAAAAUCUUUGUUUGGAAAGGGAGUGGAGCCAAUGCAGAAGAGAAGAGGGCCGCGCUGAAGAUGGCAGAUGACUUCAUCCACCAAAUGAAUUACCCUAAGAUGAAAACACAGGUGGAGAUUUUACCUCAGGGCCGAGAGACUGUCAUCUUCAAACAGUUUUUCCAAAACUGGAAUUAAACCGCUUCACUGCACUAAAUGAUCAUAGAAACAAACUGCUCACUAACAGUUAUCAAAGAGAGACUGUUUUUUAUCAAAUAAGGUCACAGAGACAAUACAUGAUAUAGAUAUGUGCAAUUUUAUUAAACAAGACCAGCAUUUAAUUCAUGGAGGGUUGCAGUAAGAAUGAGAGAGGAUUUGGGCUUUGGGAUUGGUCUGCUAGCACAUUUUUAUGGCUUUUAAAAAGGUGUUUAUAUUAAUGAAUAAAGAUUUUAAAGAGCUUUUAAUUUUGUUCUCAUUUUUUUUAAAUUGAGAAAGUCAAGUCUAUGUUGCAACAUUAAUGAGUAGAUGCCACUCCUACUUACGUAAUAUUUUUCUAACAAUUUCUCAAGCCAAAACGCCAUUUCAGAAACC